CUUAUCUUCAUAUUGACGCCCAAACCACGCCAUGUACGACCAUGCACGACCAUGCGAGUCGAUGCCGCCGACCUGCGAAGCAUGGUGAGAUGGAGCUUUUGUGUCAUCGCUCCUACAAGUAGAUGAGCAUCUGGUGGCGUUGUUCACAAUUCACAAACAUCGGGAGUUCCCGUUCCGUCAGCAUUCCAAGGCUUUUCUGGAAUGUCCAUCCACAGCUGCCCAAGGUUACAUUGGUUGACACAUUCAGGGCACGAGGAGCAUUUCUGAGAUGUAAAGAGGCACGCCUGAUGAGCAAUCGUGGAGCUCAGGAGCCCAUACACCACCCAUCACGACCAUGGAGAUAGGAUGUGUCGGAUGUCUGAAGGCGACACUACCACACUCCGAUCACUCCACCCAAAAGGCUCAAAUAGUCUCUAGUCCGAGGCUGCGGAGGCCGCUGGCUUGGGCAAAGCUUGACGAUGCUUGUGCUGGAGUCGACCGACAGCACCUUCAGAUUGGAUGCAACUGCUAUCGAUGAUCCCAGUCAAUUCGGUUCGCCAUCAACUCCAUCCACUGGCGUCAUGGCCCAUCCUUUAUCCACAGAUCCAGCUGGAUGCAUUGAUUGUACCACGCGACACGGGGUAGUAUUGAUUGCCACAGGAAAGUCCCUGCUCGUGCGACUUGACGCCGAGAUGUGCGCCUUCGCGUGGCAGCCCUUUGCUGUAAGUACUGAGGACGAUCCUCCAUCCGAUCCCGUAUUCUCCCUCUCUCCAGUGCUGCGCCGUGAAGAGAACCUACUAGAUUUUCAGAUUUCACCUCAGUUCGUGUGAUACAGCUAUUGUGCCGAACUCAUCCCUCCCGUCGACAUGUCUUUAGCAGACGUCAAGGAUGGUGGGCUUCCUGUCAAUCCCAACCGGCCCGAAACUUUUAUCAGUCCGUCACAGCGGAAGCUUUAUGAUCCUGGUGUAACCUUUGAGGAAUACCUGCACUAUGCCAAUCGCACCAGGGAGGAGGAGAAGACCCAGCAAAACAUCGCCGACGGGGGAAUCAUCCAGCAAGUUUUCAGGAGGAAAUCCUCAGUGACGGCGGAAGGAGUGCCGGUGGACAACGGUGUCGAGGCCGCGGAAAAGGAUACUGCUGAAAAGGCCGUGGUACCUGGGACGAACGGCCACGACAGCCAGGACACUGGCAAGCCUCGCCGCAAAAGCAUUUUGUCCAGGCACAGCGUGGUCACCGAGGAAGAAUGGCGAAAUGCCUCCCGGGCGUUGAGGACCGCCAGUUGGGGGGCCGGCUUCUACCUCAUCACCACAGAUAUCUUGGGUCCCUACGGUGUCGGAUUUGCUCUGGGCACCCUGGGCUGGGGUCCCGGUGUUGCUCUCUACACGGUCUUCGCCUUCAUGGCCGGGUACUCUGGCUAUCUUCUGUGGCAAGUCUAUCUCGGCCUCGACUCGUAUGAGUACCCUCUUCGCAACUACGGUGAUCUGGCUUACCGCACCAUGGGGACGACUGCACGCUAUGUGGUGAACAUCCUGCAGUCGAUCCAGCUCCUCCUCAUCACCGGGCAAGUCAUCAUCCAGAACGGCCAGGGCAUUUCGCAGACGUCCAAGUUCCGGCUGUGCUACGUCGUCUGCGUGGUCUUGUUCGUCAUUGCGGGCUUCUUCAUGGGCCAGGUCCGCACCCUGCGAAACUUUGGCGUCUUCUCCAUGGUCGCCGUGGGCCUCAACUUGCUCGUCAUCUUCAUCUCCAUGGGCGUCAUGGCUCACUCGCCGCCAAACUAUGCCAUCAGUGUCCUCGGCUCCGCUGGCUCCGCAGUCAAUGCCACGACCAUCACGCCCGACGAGAACGGCGUCUACCCACCCAUCAUCCACUACGGCGGCCUCCCGGACUCGGGCAACUUCGUCGGCGCCAUCAACGGCCUCAUGAGUGGCGUCUUCGCGUACGGCGGGGCGCAGCUCUUUGUCGAAAUCAUGGCUGAGAUGCGGCGCCCUUGGGACUUCAUCAAGGCCAUGUGGACCGCUCAGUUCUUCAUCUAUGCCGUCUACCUCAUCUAUGGCUGCUACGUGUACCAUUAUCAGGGCCAGUACAGUUUUACCAUCGCCUACAUGGGUCUCUCUCCCUAUGGAUUUCAGGCCGCCUGCGAUAUGCUGGUCGUGCUGUCGGGGUUGAUCGCGGCGGGGUUGUACGGCAACAUUGGAAUCAAGGUGCUAUAUAAUCAAGUGCUCCAGGAGUUGUUCAAUGCGCCGCCCUUGACGUCCAAGCCAGGGAAAUACCUCUUUAGCGCGAUUGUUCCCGUUUACUGGUCCGUGGCCUUUGUCGUCGCAGCUGCGAUCCCGGAUUACUUCGGCUUUGUCUCCGUCAUUGCAGCAUUCUGUAUUGUGCAGUUCAGCUAUUCCUUCCCACCCAUCAUCCACCUUGCCUACACCAUGCAAAAGAACUCGAUGAAGCCCGGCGAAGGAUUCAACGAACAGACGGGUCAGACCACUCGAAGCGACCGCGGUAUAAUGAGGUUGGUCAAGGGAUUCUUCGCGGAUCGAUGGUACAUCAAUGUGUGGCACGUCAUUCAUGCUGGCGGUGCGUUGGCGACGGCUGGAUUGGGAGCGUACGCAGCCAUUCAGGGCAUGAUCGAGGCAUUCAAGAAUCCUCAGGUCAAUUCCUUCACAUGUACGAGUCCGCUGGAUUUGUCGGCCGCUUAAGGAGACUGAGGAGGGGAAACUGGCUUAUGUAGGUCCCUUUUUGUCAGAGUCGAGGUGGUGAGACCUAGCGAUUGCAGCAGUGGUACUUGAGUAUUGGGGUUCGCAAUAACCUGCCUGGUGAUUGAUGGAUGUCAAAUAUACUGUAGCUCCGAUCUCAAAUGAUGUGCCAUGUCCCGCGAACAA